ACAUCCUCCAUAUAAAUGCCCUCGCCCCCUCUCGCCUCCAUUCCUCCAGCGUCGACCAUCCAAGCCAGGUCUUCCCAGCUCGAUCUGCCCCGGAAGCCAGAGGAGAGCAGAGGAAGGCUAUGGGCAACACCGGGAGUACAUCUCCUGCAAGCUUAGGAAAGGCUCAUGUUCCACAUUUACAAUGGAAGGUUCAUGACUUCUCAGCGCUACUUGAGACAGGAGCCAAGUCAGCAAAAUCUGCUCAUUUUCACUGCUCCGGGUAUAAAUGGUUCCUGAAAGUGACACCACCAAUGCAUAAUAAACCUGGCGCUGAAACUCCAUAUGUUGGUCUUUCUCUUAAGCUAGGCCGGACAACCCUGAAGCCGGGUGACACGGUAAAUGCCGUGUUUGAGUUAUCAGUAUACAAUCAUGCAAAGAAGAUAUACUGUGGACGCAAAGCUAGCCACAAUUUUGAUUUGAACAAUACAUGCUCAAAGGAUGAAUGUUUGAUUCCUCUUCAGAAGCUACUAAAAUCAUCUGCUUUUCUAGUUGAUGAUAGCUGUGUCUUUGGUGUUAAGAUAUUAAAAAUUAAAGUAUGUUCUCCUGAAAAGAAGGCUGUUAUGGUUCUGAAGAAGGCUACCACACUUCAGAACCUUUUUAUCCAGAAGAAAGGGCUCAUCAAAGGGACCUACACCUGGACCAUGGACAACUACCAUGAAUUGGACUUGAAGCGCUAUGUUUGUUCUCCUACAUUUGAAGUUGGUGGACAUAAAUGGCAUGUUGGCAUGUAUCCGCAUGGUUGCAGACACAUCACCGGCCACAUCUCCUUGUUCUUAUACCUGGAGUCCUCGGAUAAGCUCUGUUACGAGUCCGGGAAGGUAGUUGAAUUGACUCUAUCCAUCCUAGACCAAAAGAACGGGAAACACUCCACCAUCACUUCAGGUCUCUCGGUGUUUGGAGGUGAUAGCAGCUGGGGAUGGCCCAAGUUCCUUACAGUCAAUAGAUUCAAGGAUCCGUCUCGAGGCUAUGUCCUAGGAUCGAGAUGCCUUGUCAAGGCAGAUUUCACUAUUGUUGGCUCCAAUGAUGGCUAGAUCUUUAGCUCAUGGCCCUUGCAUCCUACUACUCCCUCCGUUCCAAAUUACUCGUCGCAGAAAUGGAUGUAUCUAGAACUAAAAUACAUCUAGAUACAUCCAUACCUGCGACAAGUAAUUCGGAACGGAGGGAGUACUUGCUAGUAUUGUGUCAUAUACUUGUUAAGUUUUUGCCAUAUUGUUUUGGUAGCAGUGCUAACACGACCAUCAUAUGGUGCUAACGACAAACUUAGCACUGUAAGUUGAGAACAUGUUAGUUUUAUUUCAGGCAGUGUGAUGUUAGAAACUACUUCAAUACGGAUGAUGCAAUUAUUUCGGUUGGCUUAUUAUCUCGCUAGUACAAUUUAAGUUUCUACCA